AUGAGCUGGUCUGGGGACACCAAGCCAGGUUUGGGGACACGUGGCCGGGUCUGGGGACACCUGGGCUGGUUUGGGGACACGUGGCCAGGUUUCAGGAGUCUUGGGCUGGUUUGGGGACACCCAAGCCAUGUUAGGGGACACCUCAGCCAUGUUAGGGGACACCUGGGCUGGUUCUGGGGACACGUGGCCAGGUUGGUGACACUGUGCGUCCCGCAGCUGGUGGCCGUGCACUCGGUGGUGUUCAGCACGCAGGCGGAGGACGCGGACGGGGACACGCUGAUGUACGUCAUCGACGCCAGCUCGCCGGACGCGCGCUUCUUCCGCAUCGACCUGCCGAACAGCGGGCGCGUGGUGCUGGCGCGGCCCCUGGACUUCGAGAGCCGCCAGAGCCUGGAGGUGGUGGUGACGGCCGUGGUGAGGUCCCCAACGUGUCCCCAACCNUGGGGACACGUGGCCAGGUUGGUGACACUGUGCGUCCCGCAGCUGGUGGCCGUGCACUCGGUGGUGUUCAGCACGCAGGCGGAGGACGCGGACGGGGACACGCUGAUGUACGUCAUCGACGCCAGCUCGCCGGACGCGCGCUUCUUCCGCAUCGACCUGCCGAACAGCGGGCGCGUGGUGCUGGCGCGGCCCCUGGACUUCGAGAGCCGCCAGAGCCUGGAGGUGGUGGUGACGGCCGUGGUGAGGUCCCCAACGUGUCCCCAACGUGGUCUCAAUGUGUCCCCAACGUGUCCCCAGCGUGUCCCCAACGUGUCCCCAGCAUGGUCUCAAUGUGUCCCCAGCGUGUCCCCAAUGUGACCUCAGUGUGGCCCCAGAGUGUCCCCUGCGUGUCCCCAGUGUGGCCCCAAUGUCACUUCAAAAUGGUUCCAACGUGUC